AUGAGUGCCAAAGGGAGGGAGGUCGAGCUGUCUAGCGAUAUCGACUUCAUCAAGACUCCUGCAGCCAAACCUGCUGAACUCGAGACUGGAAAGGAUUGUGGAAUUGCUUUAACCAGCUCCUCAGCCAUCCACAAUGCCCCGCUACCAGCCGAUGGCCCCGGAAAUGAGAGCUUCUCGAAUCUCCUCUUAGGUGGCAUUCUCACCGGGGUUCCUGCCACCCUAACCUACCUUUUCGGCGGAGGGAAGACGACGUUCUUCGUUCUUUUCAUCAUCCUUGGCCUUCCCCUGUUGGUGGUCUUUUGGUUCUGGAAAUCCAGCUGCAGCCCGCGCACCAACGAGAAAGUCAAGCUUCCCGGACGGCCCAUUGAGUAUUACUUGACCUUUAAGCGUGAAGAGGACAAAGCGAAAUGGCACGGGAACAAUAAGAUUCCUCUGCAAACCUUCGCGGAAAUGUAUCUGGACGGCUUAGUGGAUUUCAAAGGUGACGCACUCGAGGUCAUGGAAUACCGGCACGACUGGGCGAAGUUCACUUUCACCUUGGACCUUUUCAAGUUCAUUGUUUUUACAUUCUUCAUUGACGUUCUCUUCCACACCAAAGCCCAAGAUGAGGAGCAAAUCCGUCCGAAUUACGACCGAGGUAACGACCACUAUGCCUGGUUCCUCGGCCCUCGCAUGAUCUAUACCUCCGGCAUUAUUUCAGAUCCGGAGAAAGAGGAAACCCUCGAGGAAAUGCAGGAUAACAAGAUGGCCAUCGUCUGUGAGAAGAUUGGCCUCAAAGAAGGCGAGACCAUGCUGGAUAUUGGCUGCGGCUGGGGAACCCUUGCCAAAUUCGCCAGUCUCAACUACGGCGCUAAAGUUACUGGACUGACCAUUGCGGAGAAUCAAACUGCUUGGGGCAACGAUGCUCUCCGCACGGCCGGAAUCUCUGAGCAGCAGAGCCGCAUUCUCUGUCUUGACUAUCGCGAUAUUCCACGUACAAAGUAUGACAAGAUUACGCAAUUGGAGAUGGGCGAGCACGUGGGUAUCCGUAAGCUUACUGGUUUCUUCCGCCAAUGCUAUGACAUGCUCAAUGAUGAUGGGGCUAUGUAUGUUCAGCUUUCGGGUCUACGUCAGGCCUGGCAGUACGAGGAUUUCAUUUGGGGUUUGUAUUUGAACAAGUACAUCUUCCGUGGUGCGGAUGCUUCGACUCCGCUUUGGUACUAUGUGAAAUGUUUGGAACAAGCUGGUUUCGAACUAAAAGGGAUUGAUACCGUUGGUGUUCACUACUCUGGUACGCUCUGGAGAUGGUAUCGCAACUGGGUUGGAAAUGUGGAAGCAAUUAAGGCCAAAUAUGGACCUAGAUGGUACAGAAUUUGGGAGCUUUUCCUCGCCUGGUCCGUCAUCGCCUCUCGCGAAGGUAUGGCCACCUGUUACCAGAUGGUUGUCGUCAAAAACCUUAACUCGACUCAUCGGAUCAACGGUGUCUGCUCGCAAUAUGGACUUGCUGGUGCCCUCGCCGCUAGCAAGAAGGCAGGAAAGUCUCAGCUGCGUUAG